AUGACGCAGAAACUAUAUACAGAAGGUCUUCUGGAUCGUUUUGGAAUAAGGGUUUCGAAACCCGUUAUGACUCUACUGAAUCCAAGCAUCAAAGUCAUCAAACCACAAUUAAACACCAAAGAAGAAAUGGAUUCCUAUCUAUUUCGUGAAUUGAUAGGUUCACUUAUGUACUUGGCUGUAGGUUCACGCCCUGACAUCGCAUUCCCUGUAAACUGCUUAAGUCAAUUUAAUACCUGUUACACUAGAGAAUAUUGGAUAGCUGGAAAAAUGGGUUUGCGCUGUCGAACAGGAACUUUAGACAACGGCACCACGUUUUCGAAAAGUGGAAAGACAAAUGAAGGCUAUGUCGAUGCAGAUUGGGGAACCUGUUCGUAUGAUCGCCGUUCUUACACCGGCUAUGCUUUCAUUUUGGCUGGAGCAGCUGUCAGUUGA